AAAAAAAAUGUGUACUCAAGGUUCAUGAAUUUGUUGCAACGCGGAGGACGUUUGCGCAGGCGCGUCGCGUUUCUAGUUCCCGUCCGCGGCGCUGCGACUUCCGGUCCGAGUCGGUUUCCCUUUUCUCUCUAUUCGUUCAAGAUGGUUAACGUACCGAAGCAGAGGCGUACUUUUUGCAAAAAAUGCAAAGUACACAAAACUCACAAAGUGACGCAGUAUAAGAAAAGUAAGGAGAGACAUGCCUCGCAGGGCAGAAGACGUUAUGACCGCAAACAACAAGGUUUUGGCGGUCAAACCAAGCCCAUCUUCAGGAAGAAAGCAAAAACAACAAAGAAAAUUGUUCUGAGGAUGGAAUGUACGGAAUGCAAAUACAGAAAACAAAUUCCACUGAAAAGAUGCAAACACUUUGAACUGGGUGGUGAUAAGAAGAGGAAGGGUCAAAUGAUUCAGUUUUAAAUUACCCCCUCAACAUUUUUGGCGCGUAUUCUGUAUUUAAUAAGAAAUAAAUAAAUGUACAGGGAUUUGUACACAUCUUUA